AUGUCGAACUUAGGGCUACAGGUCAGACAGGCAGCAGGAUCUAUUGAUACCGUUGUAGCAGACUAUGCUGUUGGAUACAUGCAGCAUAUUCAAUCUUCAACUGAAGAUGCUGUUCUGUCACAACAACUUGAUAUUGAGAAGGAGGUUUCAUUUAUUCAAAAUCUUUUGAUAAGUGCAGGUGGAGAUCAAGUUAAGGUGAAAACUUUGGGUGAUAAACUAACUGAGUCAUUGACCAAGCAACUUAAGAAUAACAUGGCAAAAUUGGAAAUUACUGGAGAUACAUCCAAGAGAUUGUUAGAUAUCAGUUUGCUUAACACCAAACAGAGAGAGUUGGAUUCAUCUCUGGCGUUACUACAGUCAGCAGAUAUUGAGCACACAGGUAGAAGUAUUGAAAGUAGAGUUGACAAGAAGAAGUUGCAAAAGGCAGAAGCCAAGAUUGCAAAGAAAGUUGCCAAGAGAAACAACAAAUUUGUCAAAUAUGAAGCAUCCAAACUUAUCAAUGAGCAAUCAACGGAAGAUUAUGAUUCUUUCUUCUUGAAAGUCAAUCCAAUUGAAUUUGGUGCAGGAGCGGGUAAAUCUAAAGACAUUAAGAUCGAUACGUUUGAUUUGUAUGUCGGUGACGGACAAAGAAUUUUGAGUAACGCAUCAUUAAGUUUAUCGUACGGAAGAAGGUACGGUUUGAUUGGUCAAAACGGUAUUGGUAAGUCGACACUUUUGAGAGCGCUAUCUAGAAGAGAAUUGGAUAUUCCGAAGCACAUUACAAUUUUACAUGUUGAGCAAGAAUUAAGAGGUGAUGAAACGACAGCAUUGCAAUCGGUUCUUGAUGCAGAUGUUUGGAGGAAACAAUUGCUUCAUGAAGAGCAAACGAUUAAUGAGAGAAUUAAUCAAAUUGAAAAGUUAAAAGAAGAAUUUGAGGAGGAGUCAUUGGAAAUGAAAAAGCUAGAAAAUGAACAAGCUGACUUAACUGAUAAAUUAGAAGAAGUCCAUGAUAAACUGAGUGAAAUUGAGUCUGAUAAAGCAGAAGCUCGUGCAUCAUCUAUUUUGUAUGGUUUAGGUUUCAGUCAGGAGUCACAACACAGACAAACUAAAUCUUUCUCCGGUGGUUGGAGAAUGAGACUUUCUCUUGCCAGGGCGUUGUUCUGUAAACCAGAUUUGUUGUUGUUGGAUGAACCUACUAAUAUGUUGGAUGUUCCAUCAUCUGCUUACUUGGGUAACUACUUGCAAAGUUAUCCAGCCACCGUCUUAGUUGUUUCUCACGAUCGUGCAUUUUUGAACGAAGUUGCAACUGACAUUAUCCAUCAACAUUCAGAAAGGUUGGAUUACUAUAGAGGUGCAAACUUUGAUUCAUUCUAUAAUACACGUGAAGAAAGAAUCAAGAACCAAAAGAGGGAAUACGAAAACCAAAUGGCAUAUAGGGAACAUUUACAACAGUUUAUUGAUAAAUUCAGAUAUAACGCUGCCAAGUCUUCGGAGGCACAAUCUAGAAUCAAGAAAUUAGAGAAACUACCUGUUCUAGAAGCUCCUGAAGAAGAAAAGAAAAUUACUUUUAAAUUCCCAGAUCCAGAGAAACUGUCACCUCCUAUUUUGCAAUUGUUAGAUGUUAGUUUCGGAUAUGACCCCAAAAAUUUGCUUUUAAACCAUGUCGAUUUAGAUAUCCAAAUGGAUUCUAGAAUUGCACUAGUUGGUGCUAAUGGUUGUGGUAAGACCACAUUAUUGAAGGUUUUAAUGGGUGAUAACAUCCCAUUAGACGGCUCAGUAUCAAGGAACAGUAGAUUAAGAAUUGGCUAUUUUGCGCAACAUCACGUUGAUGGGAUGGAUCUAAGUAAAAAUGCCGUGGAAUGGAUGAGUGAGAAGUAUCCGGGUAAAACAGAUGAGGAAUACAGACGUCACCUGGGUUCUUUUGGUAUCACUGGUCCUUUGGCGUUACAAAGAAUGCAGUUGCUAUCCGGUGGUCAAAAGUCGAGAGUCGCAUUUGCAGCAUUGUGUUUAACUGAGCCUCAUAUUUUGAUUAUGGACGAACCUUCAAAUCACUUGGAUACCUCUGGUUUGGACGCAUUGGCAGACGCAUUAAAAAAUUUCAAAGGAGGUGUUUUAAUGGUUUCCCAUGAUGUUACCAUGAUUAAGGAAGUUUGUAAAGAAAUAUGGGUAAGUGAAGACGGUACAGUCAAGAGAUUCGAUGGUACUAUUGACGAUUACAAAAAGUAUAUUCUAACUAAGGCAGAUGCCAGCGGUGUUGUGAAAAAACACUAA